AUGGAUAGCUUAAACAUUUUGAUAGAUUCAGGAGAUAGUCAAAGGGAAGAUGUAGAAGUUGAUCACGGUGAUGGUGAUGGUGAUGAUUCACGUUGGGUUCCCGAAAUUGGAAUGUGCUUUUCUUGUGUGGAGGAAGUUAAAACAUAUUAUCAGCAGUAUGCUUUGAAAAAGGGUUUCGGAUGGAGGAUUAGGUCAUCGAAAAAGGGAGAUGAUGGAGAGCUCAACUACCUAAUACUUUCAUGUUCAAGAGGGGGAUCAACUGUUUCAAAAAUUUCAUGCACGUUAAAGACACUACCAUCUCGAGCGAAAAAUUGUCCUGCCAAGAUUUGUGUUAAAAUGAAAGAAGAUGGUUUGUGGUACAUUACACAAUUUGAAUCUAUCCAUUCUCAUGAAACUCGUCCUACGAAAGCAAGAUUGUUCAAGGCCAACAAGAAAAUGAACUUACACGUGAGAAGAACAAUCCAAAUCAAUGAUGAUGCGGGAGUAAGGAUCAACAAGACUUUUCAAUCACUAGUUAAAGAUGCAGGCGGUCAUGAAAAUAUUCCGUUUUGUGAAAAGGACGUGAGGAAUUAUAUUAACAAAGAACGUCGUGCAAUUGGAAAAGAAGGUGAUGGUAAGGCUUUGAUAAGUUAUUUUUGUAAAAUGAGGGAACAAAAUACAAAUUUCUUCUAUGACAUAGAUUUGGAUGAUGAUUUUCAUGUGAGGAAUGUAUUUUGGGCGGAUGCAAGAAGUAGAGACGCUUACGAAUAUUUUGGCGAUGUUGUAACUUUCGAUACAACAUACUUGACUAACAAGUAUGACAUGCCUUUUGCUGCAUUUGUAUGUGUGAAUCACCAUGGUCAAUCAACAUUACUUGGUUGUGGAUUACUAUCAGGUGAAGACACAGGUUCUUUUGUGUGGCUUUUCAAGUCAUGGCUUCGUUGUAUGUUAGAAAAACCACCUAUGGGUAUUGUGACCGAUCAAUGUAAGGCUAUGAAAAAUGCUAUUGAGUUAGUCUUCCCUACAACUCGUCAUAGGUGGUGUUUAUGGCAUAUAAUGAAAAAAAUUCCAGAAAAACUUAGCGGAUAUGGUGAAUACAAAAGGAUCAAGUAUGCAAUGAAAGAAGCAGUCUAUGAUACAUUCACAACAGAUGGUUUUGAACAAAAAUGGAGUUUGUUCAUAGAAAAAUUUAAUCUCCAAGAGAAUGAUUGGUUGGGAGGGUUGUAUAUGGAGCGUCAUCGGUGGGCACCAACUUUGUUAAGGAAAUAUUUUUGGGCUGGUAUGUCUACUACGCAGCGUAGUGAGAGCAUACAUGCUUUCUUUGAUGGAUAUAUAAAUUCUACAACAAGUCUAAAUCAAUUUGUGAAACAAUAUGAUAACGCUCUUAGAAGUCGGGCAGAAAAGGAAUUUGAAGCUGAUUUUAAUUCGAUGGAUACAACAAUUCCAUGUGGGUCAAACUCGACCAUUGAGAAGCAAUUCCAAAAUAAGUAUACUCAUGCCAAAUUCAAGGAAAUUCAAGUGGAAUUCAGAUCUAAAAUGAAUUGUUCUACCUCAUUGAAAGACGUGGAAGGUUGCUUUGCUACGUAUCAUGUGUUGGAGGAGAUAUUAGUUGGAGAGAUACGUAAAGAGCGAGUCUUAAAAGUUGUGCUUAACAAGGAAAACCAUGAUUUCAAAUGUGAAUGCUCAUUGUUUGAGUUUAGAGGUAUUGUGUGCCGCCAUGUGUUAUCCGUGUGUAGUCAGGAGAGGAUUACAAGCCUUCCAGAUAAGUUUGACAAAUUAUGCAAACACUUUUAUGAGGUUGCUGAAGUAGCUGCUGAUUCAGAUGAGGCUACUGAUGACCUCCAUGAAACAUUAAAUUUGUUUAGCUCCAAUAUGUCCAUAAAGGAUAGUGCAGUUGUUGAAGAAAAUCUCAAUGAGGAUUCCAAUCCAAUCAAUAGUAAUCACAUUCGUAGCCCAAAACAUGUCAAGCGCAAAGGUCGUCCUCCAUCUAAAAGAAAAAUAUCUGUCUCUGACACGAUUGUUAAGAGGUCAAGGAAGCAAACCAAAAAAAGUGAUCACAUUGAGCUUACUACAGAGUGCAAUAUUGGAAUGGUGGGAAGUCAGCUCGGAAGUAACAUUUGUGUAGAAUCAUCUCUUGAGGUUGAUAAUGGAGGACAUUGCUUAGAUUCAAAUAUCGUGGUUUGUGUCCAUUAUAAGAUUGUUGGAGGUAAUAUGUCAUUCAUGGAUCUUUUGACAACAUGUGAAACACCUUUGGUGGGUUCAUCUCAAGUUUGUACAAAUUGA